AUGAGUGGAAACAUGGCAAAUCAACCAUGUCUCAUUUGGGAUUCUGCAGCGACAAAUACCAAGAUUACAUUUACGUACGAGCAAGUGUUAGAACAAGUCCAGACACUGGCUGGUGUGUUCCAUUCCUAUGGUCUGUCCAAAGGAGACACUGUUUUGAUCUAUAUGCCUAUGGUACCUGAAGCUGUAUUUGCUUUUUUGGCCUGUGCUCGUAUGGGUAUCGUGCAUAGUGUCGUGUUUGGUGGAUUUGCCCCAAAGGAACUAGCAAAACGUAUAGAUGAUUGUAAGCCCAAGAUUGUCUUGACAGCCAGUUGUGGUAUUGAACCAAAAAGAAUUAUACCUUAUAAACCACUUCUUGAAAGUGCUUUGAAAUUAACUAGUCAUCACGUCCCUAUUCGAAUUGUGUUUCAAAGACCAGGUCAAGAAAGAGCUUUGAUGAACUAUGCUCAAGGUGAUCGAGAUUAUGAUGAUGAAAUGGAAUACAUUCGAAAAAAGAAGGCUCAGUUUAAGCCAUGUGUCCCUGUGGAUAGUGACGAUCCUCUUUAUGUAUUGUAUACAAGCGGAACCACAGGACAGCCUAAGGGUGUUGUUAGAUCAAAUGGAGGACAUGCCGUUGUAUUAAGAUGGUCAAUAGAGUAUGUAUUUAAUAUUAGAAAAGGAGAUGUUAUUUUCACAGCAAGUGAUAUUGGCUGGGCAGUCAGUCACAGCUAUACCAUUUAUGGCCCUAUGUUGAUUGGUGCCACGACUAUCUUGUAUGAAGGCAAGCCUAUAGGCACUCCUGAUGCAGGUGUGUUUUGGCGUCUUAUCUCUGAAUAUAUGGUUAAGACUAUGUUUACUGCUCCUACUGCUGUUCGGGCUAUCGCGAGAGAGGAUCCUCAGGGCAGUUUGGCCAAGAAAUAUGAUUUGAGCUCACUGACAUCUCUCUUUUUGGCUGGUGAAAGAAGCGACCCUGGAACACUUAAAUGGUGUCAAAAUACAGUGCAUAAGAACUGUACAGUGAUUGAUAACUAUUGGAGCACUGAAUUAGGAUCUCCUGUUACUGCUAUCUGUGCUGGUGUGGUUAAAGAUGCACGUAAGGCUGUCAAAUGGGGAUCAGCGGGUAAACAAGUUCCUGGAUCGCGCAUCUGUGUCUUGAAAGAAGGCAGCUUGGAAGAAGCAAAAGAACCUAAUCAGUUUGGAAAUAUCGUCUUAAAACUCCCUUUGCCUCCUGGCGCUUUCCCAGGAUUAUGGAAUAAUGAAACAGGCUAUAAGGCAAGUUAUUUUGAUAAAUAUCCUGGGUAUUUUGAUACAGGCGAUGCUGGUCUGGUUGAUGAAGAAGGUUAUGUUUAUAUCAUGUCUCGCACAGACGAUAUCAUCAACGUGGCAGGUCAUCGCCUUUCCACUGGAUCGAUUGAGCAAAUUCUUGCUUCGCAUCCUUUAGUGGCAGAAUGUUGUGUUGUCCCUUUACCAGACAAAUUAAAGGGCCAUGUUCCUUUGGGUAUACUUGUUUUGAAGCAUCAAAAAAUGACUUUAGAUCAACAAGUGCUAAAUAAGGAAUUAGUGGAAGCUACACGUCGGGAUUUGGGAGCGAUUGCAUGCUUUGAAAAGGUUGUAAUUGUGUCCCGCUUACCCAAAACAAGAAGUGGUAAAGUCUUAAGAAGAAGCAUUCGAGAAAUGGUGGAGGGUAAAGAAGUUAAGGUACCCGCCACUAUUGAAGAUGAAGAUGCUCUUUAUGAAAUUUAUCGCGUAUUGAAACAGCAUGAUUUAAUUCCUCCUUUACUCAACAAAUUGUAA